AAAUUUUUGCCCUUGGGAGAAAUGAACACUAUGAUCCCGUAGGAGCAUGAAAUCAUUUGGCUAAAACAUUUACAAAUUCGUCGUCCGACGUAUCGAAGCGUUUGCUUCCCGCUCCCUCGCAUAUCCACUCCCAGUGGUGGCUGUGUUUUGAUAAUGGGCCAAUGAGGAUGUUACCCAUACAAGAAGCCCUAAUUCUCUAUAACCUACCCCUGGUUCCAUUUCGAAAUCCUAAUUCUCUUUCUCUAGGCCCUAAAAUUCUCUGCUCUGCUCCUUUCAUCUCUCGGAGAAGAAACCCUGAUUUUCGUGAUCCUUCGAAGUUCAAUCUCAGGAACUUAACAUGCAGAAUCGUGGAGCUUACGAGAAGGAGACAGCUUCAUCAGGUGUUCGAAGAGGUGGCAAGUGCAAAGAGGCAAUAUGGGGAACUGAACACAAUAACCAUGAAUGCUGUUAUGGAGGCUUGUGUUCAUUGUGGAGAUGUGGAUUUAGCGAUUAGGGUUUUUCUCGAGAUGUCGAGACCUGGUGGAUGUGGAGUUGAUUACAUCACGUUCACAACCCUCCUGAAGGGUUUAGGGGAGGCUCGAAGAUUUGAUGAGGCAUUUCAAAUGCUUGAAUCUGUGGAAGAUGGUUCUGCUGUUGGAAAUCUGAAGAUGUCUCCUCCACUUGUUUAUGCUUUAUUAAAUACUUUACUUGAUGCUGGAGAUUUACGCCGUGCCAAGGGUCUUCUUGCACGCUAUCGAUCUUUCCUUCAUGAGAGGGGUCCCUCAAUCCUAACGUAUAAUCUACUGAUCAAGGGAUAUACAAACUCGGAGAAGCCUUUGGAUGCUCUUUCUGUGUAUGAUGAGAUGCUUCGUGAAGGGUUGAAACCUGACAGGCUUACUUAUAAUACACUGCUACUGGCAUGUGUGAAGUCUGGAGAAAUGGACAUUGCAAUGCGCCUUUUUAGAGAAAUGAAGGAAAAGGCACAAAGGAAUGGUGAUCCUGAGCUUUUUCCUGAUGUGGUCACUUAUACAACCUUACUCAAAGGUUUUGGGAAUACCAGAGACCCAUGUUCAGUGCUGCGAAUCGUGGUUGAAAUGAAAGAAAUGCCAGAUAUGUUUAUUGAUCGAGUUGCCUAUACAGCAAUGCUUGAUGCACUUCUAGAAUGUGAUGCAACAAUGGGAGCUCUUUGCAUAUUUGGAGAAAUUUUGAAGAAAUCAGGGGAAUAUCUGAACCUACGGCCGAAGCCCCAUGUCUUCCUUGCACUGAUGCGAGCUUUUGCACAAAAUGGAGACUUUAGGAUGGUUGAGAAACUGCAUUUACGUAUGCUUCCAGAUUCUGUUGGUUGUAUUUCUCCUGCAGUUCAAGUGGAAGCAGUCGAGCUUCUAAUGGAAGCAGCCAUUAAUAAUGGCUUGGUGGAUUUAGCAAGGAAUAUUCUUGGGGACAUAAGUAAGAAGUGGAAAUAUAUAUCUUGGAGCAAUCGAGGGCGAAUGGUUGUUGUCCGUCUUGAGGCCAGGUCUAGAUUCAACAACUUUAUGUUUAGUCCGUAUCUCCUUCCACAGGUAUCUCUUAGUGAUCCAAUUGAGAAGAUUAUGAUCCCAUUUAAAGAGGCAAAUCCAUUACCUGCAAGUGUGAACCUGAACAAAGUUGUAAUGCGUUUCUUUUCGGAUGAUGUUGUUCCUAUCAAGGAUAACUGGGGCAACUGUGUUGGGGUCUUACAUUGUGAGGACUGCACUGAGCUGAACGCACCUCUUUUGAGUAUGAUGCGAGGCCCACCUCCAUGUGUGCCAGUCUCAACAUCUAUCGGUCGAGCCAUUGAUGUUCUCCUUGAAAAGCAACAAAAAUUAAUUGUAAUAGUAAAAUCUACUGAUGUACAUGAAAAGAGUUACAGUUCGGAUUCAAAGCCAGUGGGGGUUUUCACUCGUAAACAAUUGCUUAGACUCGCUAUCCCCACAUCAAAGGUUGAGAAUGUUUCUUCAGAUUGUACAGUUGAUGAGUAACGAAACUGAAUUAUUUUUUACCAGAAGACGUUCUAUGAGUUUAAAAUAGCUACGAGGAGGAAGAAAAGGCUCUUUACAGUGAUGGUAUUUCGAUUUUCAAUAUCCUAGGUUUUCCCAGGUCGUGCAUGGUUUCUUGUUUAAAUGAUCCCUGAGUUCUCUUGUUUCCUUUUUUUUCUUUUAACAUUCACAGGUGAUACAGCAAUUUUUUUCAUGGAAGAAAUAGAUGAGAGGAGGAAGAAAAUUUCCAGAUUUCACAUAUAACGUUUGGGGGUAAUUAUGACUCUUUUGUACUAAAAGUAAACGAUCUUAUUGUAUACGUUCUCUAUUGCGGUAUGUCCUCAUACUAUUUGCACCGGUAA